AGAUAAAUAGGAUGACACAAUAUUACUUUUAACUUAUUGUUUAUAUGGAUUUGUCUUUCUUACUGUAUGCUCUCUAUCUCUAAUUUUUUAAUAUUUUUCUAUCUCUGUGCAGCGUUGUCUGAUCGCGGUACUGUGGUUUUAGAGGCAGCCAUGACCAGUGCCCUGUCCGCUCUGGAGCGCGCAUCCUCUGAGAGGAGUCGGGCCGAGGCCGGCUGCCGGGGCUGCGUUUCCUGUCUGUUUCAGGACUGCGGACAGCGAUCGGGAUCCUGUUCAUCACCUGCCACUGCCCUGUCAGAGCCCAGCUGUAAUGUCAUCGGUAAAGCCCAGAAGCUCCAAAAUGAAGCCGAGCGGAGCUGGGCUCUCAGUCAGGCCUGUGCCUACUACCAGCAUCGCUGUCCGCCGUCGGAGCUGGACAAGGAGGGCUGCAUCCGGGUCAUGGGUGAGAGCUGCAGCGCCCGAGUCCUCCAGUGCAGCCUCCUUAACACGAUGCAGAACCUGGAACCUGCUACGCAGACGCACGCUCAGGCAGUGUGUGGUCAGAGGUCAGUGUCAGCUCAAAACGUCACACAGCCCCGGUCCAGGAUCGUAGGUGGGUCCCCUGCUCCCCCAGGAAGCUGGCCCUGGCUGGUCAACCUGCAGCUGGAGGGUGCCCUGAUGUGCGGAGGCGUCCUGGUGGACAGCUCGUGGGUGGUCACCGCCGCCCACUGUUUUGCCGGCAGCCGCAGCGAGAGCUACUGGUCGGCCGUGGUGGGAGAGUUCGACAUAACCAAGACCGACCCCGGCGAGCAGGUUCUCAGGGUGAACCGCAUCAUCCCUCACCCUAAGUUCAACCCAAAGACGUUUAACAACGACAUCGCGCUGGUGGAGUUGACGUCCCCAGCGGUCCUGUCUGAACGUGUCACCCCGGUGUGUCUCCCCUCCGGCACGGAGCCAGCUACCGGCAGCCCGUGUCUGGUAGCGGGGUGGGGGUCCGUCUAUGAGGAUGGACCGUCUGCUGAUGUGGUGAUGGAGGCCAAAGUUCCCCUUCUGCCUCAGAGCACUUGUAAGAGCUCUCUGGGCAAAGAGCUGGUCACCAACACCAUGCUGUGUGCUGGCUACCUCUCAGGAGGCAUUGACUCCUGCCAGGGAGAUUCUGGAGGUCCUCUGAUCUACCAGGAUCGUCUGUCAGGACGUUUUCAGCUGUAUGGCAUCACUUCCUGGGGAGACGGCUGCGGGGAGAAGGGCAAACCUGGGGUCUACACACGGGUGGCUGCAUUCUCCGACUGGAUUCAGGCUGAGAUACAGAAGUCCUUUGGGAGCCGGGAGCCGACGUGUCCAGAGCUUCUGAAGACAACAGAAAUGGCCGAGGAGGACCAGAGGUCGGAGUUCCGUUCUCUCUGCCGCUUCUACGCUCUGACCUGCCCUCCUGGACAGAGUGGCGCUGCAUGCAGGCAAACGGGGGAGGACAAAUGCCUCACGCGCUUUAAGAAAUGCCAGUUACGCUCCUUCCUGCAGUCCCUGCUGGACCUACUCCAGAGGGCGGAGGACUACAUCAGGGACAAAGUGGACCUGAUGUUUUUCACGCAGACCUUGCCUCAGCUGGUGGAGCACAUCUACAGCACAGCUUUCAGUCACGGCAGAGAGAGGCGGGACGUGAGCCAAGGCCUCCCUCAGGUUGAAGAACAGCUAGAUGGCGCUGGUGGCCCAGAGGAGCAUGGUCCUUCUGCAGCACCCCUUGGCUUGUUCCAAGAAGUGGGACCUUCGGUGGACGACUGGGAGAAGUACCUGAGCAACCUGGCGGAGGGCAUGGAUGAACAGGGCACUGAUGUCUCCUCCACACCAAGGAGGCGGGAGGAUGACAUUUUCCUGCAGGCAGAGGACUCGGUCCGUCAGUUAGAGGAACGCUACCGAGCUGCUAUCGCGGCACUGCGCUCCAAACUGGACUCCAGAGCUGCUCCUCCCAUUCUGCACUUGGACACAACCUUCCUCCAGAAUCUUCCCUUGAACGUUCCAACCUUUACUCCAACACUGUCUAAAACAUCAGACUACGCCGGCUCCUCCUCACUACAGGAGUCCUGGUCAUUUUUAACAGCAUGGAUGAGUGAAAAUUUGAAACUAAGGACACAAGAUGGGAUUGUCUCCGAAGAUGGGCCACAGAGAGCGACCUCGUCCAGUAGAGAGUCCUCUCCUGCUGUCACGCAGAGCUUCUCACCACAGGAUUUGACCUCUGUUGACCCCGGAGACGGAGCGGAGGUGACAUCUUCAGCUCUUCCACUUCCAGUUCAGUCGACAACUUCUGUCCAUGCAGCGACCGAGGUCGAGCACACGGGGACGACUGCUGACCCCAGACCAGCUGCACAUGCUGUGAAGAGCCUCCGCAGAAAAUACCGGAGCCUUCUUCGCAAGAGGCAGAUCCCGGUGGCCAACGGGAAAAUUUGUCCAGGAGUGAGAGAGUCCACACAGGAAGUCAGCCAAGUCAGAGAUUCAUACAGCUGGGUCUUAAGCAUCCCAAACAAGAACCUGCGCAUGAACUUCCAAGAGGUCUUAGUCGAUCUCAGCUCCAAGAAUGAACGAGGACUGUACCAGGCUCGGGUCAGAGCAGUAGUGGGAGGACGACCUUUGACCUUUUACAGCCUUGUGGGCCUGGAGAACGAGUCGUUCUACCGCAGUGUGCCAAGGAUCAUUGCUCUGGCCCUGGAGACACUCAAGACCUGACUUUACUAUGAAGCCACGCUAGAAAGCAUGGGAACUAAACAACGCAUAAACGAGAUGAUGGCUCUUAAGUUCUCACACCAACAUGAAUCUGUCAUUCACUAUGGACAGCAUCAUUUUGUUGAGUUUGUUGGACGAGAGCUCGAAAACAAAAAAAAAGAAUUAUGAAUGUAAGAAUGCAACGUUCGACCCCCAUCGCAGCACAGCAUGUAUGUGGUUGGAAGCACGGCCUUGUCUAACUUAUAAGUUUGUAUAAUGUAAGUUAUUCAUAUUGUCUUUUGCAAAGGUUGAGCCUUUUGUGAACUGUACAUAUUGUUUAUGGGACAUAUUUAUUUGUAUAGACAAAGUUGUAUUUUUGUAAAAAAUUAUCUAUAUAUAAUUAAAAUCAUUAAUAAUGCUGUGGCAUGUUGCUGUCAUUUGUUGUUAUGUAAGUUGAAUUUUAAAGCUGACAGUAAAGCGGCUGAUCCUGCGCUUUGGCUGGGAUCCAACUUAUCGUACCCUCAA